GGUUAAUCCCUUCGUGAAAUAAUACCGAACUUGGUACGACGUGUAUUUUGCAAGUGAUGUAGUGACUGUUUCGUACAAAAUGAAUGUAAGGAGCGAAAAACCGAAAAUCCCGGCGGAACUCUCUCUUGCUGCGUGUCUGUCGGCGGGUAUAACUCUUGUAAUAUCCCCAAUAUACAUCGUGUUAUGCAUCCUCGCUUUAGUAUACCGCUACAGUUGCAACUCAGGAAUGCUGGCCGGUGCUACUGGAGACAGUUACUUCGUCUAUACACUCUACAGGGUAUACAUACAGACGGACUCAUGUGGUAACGCGGGUUCGUCGCCACCGGCGGGUGUUCUACUGACGACCCCCGACACAGUGUUUAUUUUCAAUAUUACUGUUUUAUCUGCCACCCUUCUGAGCUCUGCAGCUGCUAUUGCACUAAUUGUGGUCACAGUUAAUAACAAAAGUGGGCUGGUAUUUGCCACCGUGUGGACAUAUAUCAGUAUAUGUGUAGCGUCGUUAAUCGUCGAUAUAACUUACGCUGUUUUCUACGGAACAGAUUUUGCGGAAAUGAAUUACACAAUGGAAAUCACUUUUCCAGGAAUCGCGAGUAAUUAUUUGAAUGACGUUCUCCGACUGGGAUCUUUGCUUUUUGUGACGAUUGCUCUUAAAGGGUUCCUUGUUCCUGUAAUAAAUAUCGCUCUACUCAUAGUAAUAGCGAUAUAUGCUACUAACUAUAGGAAUAAACUACAAACCGAAGAGCAUUCCAUACACAAAGUGGGUGCAAUUCACGCGUAUGACCAACGAGUCAACCGUGGAUUUGUGGACGACGAGCGGCGCAGCGCGCCCCGCAGCCCGCUGAGGGCCGGCCCGCCACAGACGAACACUCUGCAACCGCACCCUCCGCUCUCGGACUAUUCCAACAGCCGAGAUUAUGACCGGUCCAACUCCUGGCAACACAGCCCAGCGCCGAUGCCAUUCUCGUACAUGGAGGAGGCGCGGCGGCCGCGGCCAAGCUACGCUGCGGGCGAGCAGUGGCGGCGCGAGCCUUGGCCGCCCGCGCCGCCCGUGCCCGCGCCCGACUACAGCCCGCCGGCCCGCCGCCUCAAAUCGGCCUUGAAACCCAACUAUAUGUAGACACCACGACUUCUUGCAACUCUCAUGUACCAUUGUACCUACUAGGUGUCGAGCGCAUUCAAAUUGUUGGUGUUUAUAAAGAUUUCCCUAAACAAUAAGUAAUAAAGUGUCCUUACCCUUA